AUGCUGCGAUCAACCGCCAUACAACAGAAAAUCGCCGAAAAGAAAGCCAAUUUGGAACAGCUACGAGAGUUCAAGCAGCUGGCAGACCAGCUCGCGAAUGAGCUAGAGCAGAUUGGAGAUUAUCUCGAAGUGAUGAAAGAUGGCACCACCAACAUUGCGUAUAUAGUUGCCAAGUGGCAAAGCGUCAUGCGCGCGAUAUCGCUUGCUUCUAUUGCAUUGGUGACGCAUCAGCUGAGAACGGGCGAAACUCCAACGUAUCCUGAGCCUUUGGUGAGGAUCAAGUUGAGUGAAGAAGAGGAAAAAUUUCGGACGGAUGUGGACGUCGAAGACGGCGAUGAAGGGGAGCGGGAGGAGGGAAAUGAAAAUGAAGAUCAAGAUCAAGAUGACGGCUAA